AUGAAGAUGACGAUAAUAGAAAGUUGUGUCUCUAGAAGUACAACACGUGUAUGUUCCACUCUUCCUCACACAAAAUAUCCAUGCAAUAUUACAAGAAGACCCUUAUCUCUAUCCCUCAUCUCCACCACUUUCUCUGCUUUAAUCUUCUCACUUCCUCCUCCAUCUUCAUCUUCUUCUCCCUUACCCUUACCUUCUGCAAAACGUCCAAUAGCAGAUUUCUCUGAACUCCCCAAUUCCGGGGGUGUUAAGGCUUUGGAGCUCCUUGUCGGGUCUGGUGAAGUUCCCUCAGAUGGAGACCAGGUGGAGAUUCAUUACUAUGGUAGACUAGCAGCAAAACAAGGAUGGCGUUUUGAUUCAACCUAUGAACACAAAGAUGAGAAUGGUGAUCCUAGUCCUUUUGUCUUUGUCCUUGGUUCUGGUAAGGUAAUUGGUGGAAUUGAUGUAGCAGUGAGAUCAAUGAAAGUAGGUGGAAUUCGUAGAGUCAUUAUACCUCCAUCACUUGGCUACCAAAACACAUCACAGGAACCUAUCCCACCUAAUUUCUUUGACAGGCAGAGGCUGUUUACUACAAUUUUUAAUCCAACUCGACUUGCAAAUGGUGAAGGGUCUACUCUAGGGACACUUAUAUUUGAUAUUGAACUGGUUAGCCUGAGGCAUCUGUGA